CCCGAAGGCUGCCAUGUUCACUGCAGAGGAGUAUUACCGCUACUCGCUCGUCUAUGCACAAGAGCAAGAGAAGAGCAAGGCCCUGCUGGAGAGCUUGCUGCGGGAAAGGGCCAUGGCCGUGAAGCGCAGAAAGAGGGCAGCCAGUCGUGAUGAGAAGCUUGUGAGCAGGCUCAGCGCUGCAGAGCACUCUGAGUACAUGAACUUCCUCCGGUACCAGAAACAGCCCGAUGUUGCCUCAAACCAGCCAAAGGAGCUUGUUCGCUUGAUGGAGCUUCAGGACCGAGUGAAGGAAGAGCAAAGGGAAUUUCUCCAGCUGUGGCCACAGGUGCCUGGACGUCGCACCGAGACACUUGCAAAAGGCCUCGGCACUUGGGCCAAGGAGCACCUUGACAAAUUAAAGAAUGGAUUGCCCAAGGGACCCUGGGUGACUGCACGCAGUCUUAAGAUGUCGUCGCUGCUCCUGAUACCAGCUGCUCAGCCUGGCUUCCUGAAGCAUGUUGUGUUCAAGGCUGGAAUCGUAAUGAAACCUGAGAUUGGCUGUUCGCUACUGCCGUCCGAGCCACUGGAGGGUCCGCCAACUGCAGCGAGUGACACGCCCAAGCCCAGUAAGGGUCAACCAUCCUCGUCAGAGAAGGACAGCUAUGAGGAAGUGCUCUCUCGUGUGCCCAACGCUGCCUUGCUGGUUGACUUGGAGGUCCUACUGACUGAUUGGCAGGAGUCAGCCUGGCUGCUGCCUGUCAGGGUGACAGAUGGUGGACGGGUCUAUGUGGGGGCCACACUACCCUCGGGCAACUUGCGUGACUGGAACGACCGUUUCUUCAACUGGACGCUGCACAAGUGGAUUGAUGAGCACCAGCCAAAGGUUGAAGGGAGUCCUUCUUCGAGUGCAUCUACUUCCACAGCCAUUCCCGAUGCUGCUGUAAAAGAGCAGGAUACUAAUCUGCCUUUGAGCGGAGGAGACAAGUGGUACGGUCUGUGGGAGCUGACACCAGGUGGAAAGCAGGUGCUGCUUCGUCACCAGGCCUGGAAUGACACCAGUGGCCAGCUGUGUGCUGUGGUGACCAAAACCGAGUACCAGACACCUCUGGGUGCGGAAGUGCUCAGUGACCGUGAGAGCCUGCAGCAGGCAGCUCUUCUCGCCCUGAUCCCAUACUUGAUGAGAGUGAGGGUGGACGUGCGAAGUGGCAAUGUCGUGCUUGUGGAGGAACACAGCUGCCAGUCCAACCAAAAGGCCACCCUCAAGAAACUCUUUGGUCCACUGAAUGCCCUCGUUGACCAGCUGCAUGGCUUGGAUCCUGGAAUGCACUUCUUGUCUCACCAGGCAGGCGAGCCUACUGCACAGCUCCUCAUUCCAGGGUCAGGGAAUGGCUGGGACCUGCAUUACGAGCUGAACAGACGUUUCCCACGAAAGCUUCCAGUCACAGCUGUGAGUGCUGCACACAAUCAACAGCCGCCACCACUGGACCCAGAAGUGACGUUGGAGGAGCACUUCCGCCGUGCUCACGCCCCGCUGACAUUCCCAGCAGCUCAGCCUGAUACAACGCCAAAGCAUGGUGCUGGCACGAGUGCAUGGUCACUAUGCAACAGGGUGCUUGACCCUUCAAGACAACGUCCAGCGGUCCAGUGCCGCAGGAUCCUGCGUAGCGGCAAUGCUGUUUCGAGCUCUGGAAAACCUGUCCGCCGUGCAGUAGCAUUGAACUCGAUGUGCAAGAAAUAGCACUUGCCAGAGCAUAUUUAAGGCGGAGGCUUCUAUUUGAUCUCGGUUUUCCCUACACCAAAUAGGUGUAAUUCUUGAUAUUAUUGCUGUCAAAUGUUAUUGUAUUAGAUAUAUAUGUUCUUGCAGUAUUGUUUAGCUGAAACCGUUAAUUUUCGCCCUUGGAAGAGUUCCACCACAGCAGAUGUUUGUGGAGUUGUUUGGAAUUAUAAGCGCCUCAUCCGAAUGUGGAAUAAAUUUUCAAAUUUGACGCAA